CAUACUUAUGUUUAGACAUUCCCUUGCUUCAAUUUAUUUAUACAGAACUCAAUUUUAUUCAAAAUUUAAUAUGGAACAACUUACAGCCAACAACUUAGUUGUGGGCGAAGGGACGCAUCCUGAGAAUACCCACCCGUCCAUAUAUGUGGUCGAUUUGCACGGAGAAGUAUAUAUUCAGCUAGAAGGAAGUCAUACCACCUCGUCAGUGACCGACAAUGACAGUUCCAAACCGUAUGUCAAAUUCGAAGAAGGGCUGAAUGCAUUUCAAAAUGACCCACAAAGCGAAGUUGCUAAAAUUAGCUGCCCCCCAAAGGAGGAAGAGGAUGGUGAGACCCAGAAAGGUACAAAUCCACAAGGUGCGGAAUGGGAGAAAACAGAUGAAUUCCAACGGAAGCAUCAAAUGUUAACUGAACGGUUUGCACAAUUAACGGAAACCUUUGAUGCUAUCACCAAAAACCUUGAGGCUUUGGCUGGAAUUUCCGAGGCAAGCAAAUCCUUUAGAGAUAUGGAUAGAAGAAUAAGUGAGCCAGAGGGAGAUUCUCUCGACGCACAAUGUUCGGUGUCAGCGACACUUAGUAGUUUGGAAGUAAAUGCAUCUCUUGGUCUUCAGGAAAAUCUUAGCAUUGGUCCGACAUCACUUAUAGCUCUUUCAGAACCCUCGAGCAAAUCAUUAAUGUUGAACUCCUUGGCUAAUUAUGCUAGUGCUGAAAAUGCCUUACAGUGCCAUACAUCACCCGAGGGCCAUCCUUUAAAUGAAUUAUCCAGCAACUCUAAGACGCCCCGCAUAAUCACCGAAGAACCUCAGAGACUAGAAUUUCAUACCAUACACAUUGAUACCAGUUACUCGCCCUCCUUGAGCAUGGUGCAGCGGCCACCCCUCUGCCAACGCUUGUGGGAUGGCAUAACGUACUUCUGUGGUGCCUUGUGCCUGUGCCUCCAGGUUAAUAGGAAUUGUAUUUUUUGUUUGGCUUUCUUUGCGGCAUUCGUUGUGAGCGCUUCUUUUUUGACAGCUUUCUUUUAUCAUGCACUCAGCAUAAGUCCCUUGUUGAUGCAACCACCGCCACCUAUGCGUCUAUCGGAGGACAAGGGAUAUCUUUGGAAGUCUUUGGAAUGAAGAAGACAGUCACGAGAUCAUAAUCAUAGUGUGUUUCAAUUAAAUUUUCAAUGAAAUGUGUCAAUGCCGUAAAAAUGAA